AAUUGUAUAUUGCUAUAGCAUUGUUGGGUUCAACUUGCCCUCUCCAACAUGGCGUGUAGUAUACACGCGAUGGGAUAAGGACGCGAAGUAGUUCCGGUUCAAUUUAUAACCUCGAACGUGGGGACGCGUUAAUGUUUGUGUUUGUUCACGUGCUUUUGUUUUCCUGAGUUAAAAAGCAGCUAUUUCGCUUUUUAUGUUAUUUUUUUGCUAUUCUGAGGCAUUUUGGUCUCCAACAUCUCUGUCAGCAUGUUCACUCCACUCAGUCUGGUCGGCUCGGUUGCGGUGAAGCUGGCUUCUCUUCCAUUAUUGACUUGUCGCCAUGCCAGUCGCAGUGCCAGGAGCUGGACGGGUUCCUCUACUCGCAGUAAUCCCCUGUCAGGAAACAGAAGGACUGAACAGCAUGACAUUUCAGAAGACGACCUUGACAUGGAUGAAGUGGAAUCCAAACUAGAGGCUCUUGUGAAAAAGGAGAGGAAAAGGGAAAAAUCUGCCAAAUUUCACAAGAUCAGGCAGAAACUGAGCAGCCCUGGAGCCCCUGAAAGACAAUUAAGUUGGGACGCCAUUCAGCAGAUCAGGUACCUAAAGCAAGAGUCGCCUGAGGAAUGGACACUCCAGAAAUUAGCCGAGGGUUUCUCCGUGAGCACAGAUGUCAUCUACAGAGUCCUUCGCAGUAAGUUCACCCCACCUCCAGAGAGGAAGAUUAAACAGGACAUCAGAGUGUUAACCAGAGAUGGACAGCUUUCCCUCAGAGACGGUAAAACAGUCCAGUCACAGGAAGACCAAUCACACCUGCCUUUACCCAACAGCCCCGUACUGGCCUUGAUUUCACCCAGGAACACAAGCACAGUCACCGCCCUGACCAGUGGAGCUCUGAUACCAGCAGAGUGUGUGACAGGACUGGUUCCAGCUGCUGCUAAAGUUCCUUCACCUUCAGUAAAAACAGCUCCGAUAUCAGCAGUGGCUCAAGGGACAUUACAGGAGCAAGAGCCUACUGAUGUGAAAGAGAGCGCUGAAGAAAUAGAGGAGGACGAGGAGUGGGAUGGAGUGGUUUUUACAGACGAAGGACUAGAGGAACUCAUCCACACACUGAAAGAAAAACCCAGUGCAGUAGAACAAAAGGGUAGAGAGUUUUACGACAGCUAUGGCAACUUCUUAUACAGGAUCUAAGCAUGUUUCUUGAAUAAAUGCAUUUAAUGCACAAUCAGGCAAUGCUUGGACUUGUAUGUGUUUGGAAUAAUUAAAUGUAUUAAAUAUUAACCACAGUAAGUGAAUGUGAACUUGGAUUUAAAAUGUAAGCAAAAUAGUUAACAUUUCAAACCGAUUGUGGAGCGAACAGAAAAAAGAGAAACGGGUGUAGUCUAUUUAUUCCAUAAUAUACAGAGCAAAAAUGUCUGAUACAAAGGUAAAGCAGUUUUAUAUUUACAAAGCCAGCUUCAUGUUAUUUACACUGAUUAUCAAAGGCAAGAAAAUUAUUACAACCCACAAAGCAAAACAGCUUUACUUCAAGUAGGAAACUCAUGUAGUCUUUGUGCUGCAGCCGUCGUCUUAAGCUUUGACCCCAAGUGCCACGAUGAGUGAGUUGUGAUUUAUUUGCUAAGAUAGCAUGCAUAGAAUUACCCGGUUAAAAUGAAGCCUAAAACACAGAAGAGAAAAGGUACAGUUUUUUCCCC